AAGCCCCCACAGACUCCCCCUUUCCCUUAACAAAGAUGGCCGACAGGGGGCCGCUCUAGGCCACGGCGUGCUUCUCUCGUUGGUGCGGGCGGGAACUGCGCUGCUGCGCGGGACGAGCGACCGCCUGCGCCAGCGCCAGAGCCCGGAGAGCAGGAAAGGAGAGCGCAAUGGAACUUGAGAGGAUCAUCCGAGAUACACUAAUCAGCUUUGCCCAAACUCAUGUGCCAGGUGCCGAUCUCAGUGGCCUGGAUGACGUUGUGUUCUCAUAUAUAACUGGGGUCCUGGAGGACCUGGGUUCUCCAGGGGCAUCAGAUGAGAGCUUUGACAUGGAAGCUUUUGCAGAGAUGAUGGAUGCCUAUGUGCCUGGCUUUGCCAAGAUCCCCAGUGGGACAGUUUGCGACAUGAUGUUCAACCUCUCUGGCCAGCUCAGCGAUGCACGGAACAAGGAGAAUGUGUGUCCCAAGAGCCAGGAGGACACUGCUCCCACUUCUCCAGAAAGUCUCCAGAGCCUGGAGGAAGGCAGCCAAGAGAUAAGGAAGUCCCAGGCACAUACCUCUACCCCACCCCUGGGGGGAGGCACAAAGGCUGAGGAGAUCUCUGAAACUGAUGAGCUCCAGGCUGGGAUACAACUGCUCCUGGAAAUGUUCCCAUCCUGCACAGUGGGGAGGGCACAGCGGGCAUUGGCCAUGGCUCGGGGGGACCUGGAAGAGGCUGUCCAGAUCAUGGUGGAGGAGAAGGUGGAGCCCCAAGGCUUAGGCAGCAACUCAAAGGACACAUCAAGAUUACAAGGAGCUCCCAAGAAGGAAGAACUGAAAUCUUUCAUUCUACAAAAGUACAUGAUGGUGGACAGUGAAGAAGAUCAGAAAACUCAUCGGCCUGUGGCCCCAAAGGAGGCCCCUAAGAAGCUGAUCCGAUACAUUGACAACCAGGUGGUGAGUACCAAGGGUGAGCGUUACAAGGACAUUCGAAAGCCAGAACCUGAAGGAAUGAAGUCCACUUACAUCAGCCUCAAACCAGCCCGGAAGUAUAAGUUCCACUGAGUGUUCCCUCCUUGGGGAAGUUGAGGACUGUAGGCCAGGGGAGUCUGCAGGAGUUGGAGAUAAUGGCUCCCAAAGCCAAAAUGAGACAGCUGAGUCAGUCCUGCCACUGUGGUCUUCUUGGGCAAGGGCUUUAUGAAACCUGUUCUUCCUGAGCCAAGCUUAGUUUCAAUAUCUCUCCUGAAACUUCUUCAUUUGAGUAAAGUGGCAGCAGUGAGGCAUGAGAA